GUGGGGAGCAUUAAGAGAGAAAUGACCUUCACGUUUCAAGCUGAGGACUUAAAACGCGACUCCAGCAAGAAAGCGUCCCAUCACUACUUGUUCCCCUUGGCCAUGGAGGAAGAUACGAAAGCGGGAGACGCCAGAAAAGCCAGCUGGGUCCUUGACCACGAGAAGGAGAACACUCGCUCCGUCUGUCUCCUGGAGCAGAAACGGAAAGUCGUUUCUUCCAGUAUUGACGUCCCUCCAGCAAGAAAAUCUCCGGAGGAGUUAGACAUGGACAAGGUGACCGCGGCAAUGGUACUAACCAGCUUGUCGACCAGCCCGCUGGUUCGAAGCCCUCCCGUGCGGCCACAUGACAGCCUCAGCGGGUCCUGGAAGGAGGCGGGCUGCGUGCCGUCCAGCUCGAGCAGCAGCGGCUACUGGAGCUGGAGCGCGCCCAGCGACCAGUCCAACCCGUCCACGCCGUCGCCGCCGCUGUCGGCCGACAGCUUCAAGCCGCUCCGCAGCCCCGCGCAGCCGCCGCCGGACGACGGCAUCGACGAGGCGGACGCGGGCAGCCUGCUCUUCGACGAGCCCAUCCCGCGGAAGCGCAAGAACUCCAUGAAGGUGAUGUUCAAAUGCCUCUGGAAGAACUGCGGCAAGGUGCUGAGCACUGCAGCAGGUAUCCAGAAGCACAUCCGGACCAUCCACCUUGGGCGUGUCGGGGACUCUGACUACAGUGACGGGGAAGAGGACUUCUACUACACCGAGAUCAAGCUCAACACCGACUCAGUGGCGGAGGGGCUGAGCAGCCUGGCCCCGGGCUCACCCUCCCAGUCCUUGGCCUCCCCUCCGACCUUCCCCAUCCCAGACUCAAGCCGAGCAGAAACCCCUGGUGCCAGAACCGACUCUAAGCUGGUGACACCGUUGAGCCGCUCCGCCCCCACCACCCUCUACCUCGUGCACGCGGACCACGCGUACCAGGCCACACCCCCGGUGACCAUUCCAGGAUCGGCCAAGUUCACCCCCAACGGCAGCAGCUUCAGCAUUUCCUGGCAGUCCCCCCCAGUCACUUUCACAGGCCUUCCAGUGUCACCAACGCACCAUCACCCCCCGGCGGGCGCCGGCGAGCAGCGGCAGCACACCCACACGGUGCUGUCCUCCCCGCCCAGAGGGGCCGUCGGCCUGAGGAAGCCCCGAGGAGAGGGCAAGAAGUGCCGGAAGGUGUACGGCAUGGAGAACCGGGACAUGUGGUGCACCGCCUGCCGCUGGAAGAAGGCCUGCCAGAGGUUCGUGGACUGAGGCCAGAGCCGCGCCUGCUGCCGCAGGGGUUGGAGAGAGCAGCCCCUUCCAGCCGCCGCUUUCUUGAGGCCCAGGGAAAGCCCUUGCCGGAACCUGGGUGGAAUUAACAUCCAGUCACCGCGUUCCGCUGCACUUCCUGGGAAUCGGGCCCAAAACACCUAGAAUGGUUUUCUUCCCUUUCAAAAGAAAAGUGAACUUGGCGUGAGGUCCUAAAUCUGUGGACUUCUGUAGCAGCUGAACCAACCAAGCCCGUUUUUACCUGGAAAGGAGGUACUUUUUGAUAAGCUUUCUGAAUUGUGACAUUUCUGAGGUUUUUUGACACGUAACACUUCAGCUACGUGUCAUUCAGUAGCAUUUGUACAGCGAACGCCGCCUACUUUGUGAAUAGCCUCUCCCCUGCUUCUCUCGACUCCUUGGAGCCCUACGCGUGGUGACGUGCUGCAGGGAGAGCAGCGCUCUGGGGAUCUUUUCUGUGUCUGUUCUGUUUUGUUUUAAGACCAGCCCCAGACUGAACCACGGUAGAGCGUUAGCGUGGAGGGUCCCGGAUGGGGUAAGCUCAGAAAACACCUGGCAGUGGGAGUCGCCCUAGACUCGGCCCCCGGCUGCGUUGAGGACACCUGCUGUCCCUGCCGGGAGCGCCUCGGAGUCCUCCUCGGGUCUGUGCGAAGUGUCCCCCGACAGGCAGCACGGUGAAGUCCGCACCGCCACAGCUGAGCCCAGCAGCAGCACGGGAGCCGCCGGGGUAAGCCCGCCGCUGUCCGGGGUGCGCUCGGACGGCAGCUCGGAUCCCUCCAGUGCCGCCUGCCGUCCAGGUCGUAGCCCGGUGAAUGAGUGACCGUCCUCCCCGCCACACCUACCCCCCAGCAGAGGUGGAGGGCGCCAGUCUGUCCCGAAGGUUUGCUUUGGACGACAGCGCAGCUGACCUGUCCGGUCUGUUCAGAAAGUGACAUCAGGUCAAUAGACCAGCUUCCAUGCUGGGCGCACUUUCAUGGGUUUUAUGCUUUAGUGUAUCCGGGAGAAGGGUGUAUGCACAAUAUAAAUACAGAUAAAAGGUCUAGACCUUUAUUUUCUUGGAAAAAUGUGGGAGCUACUACGAAUUUGCUCAGAAAGGAACAGACAGAACGCCAAAAGGAAGUGCGUGUUGGUAUGGAGCCGCGUGGCUCAGCAGGGCAGGGCUUGCGCCGUGCGCUAGCUGUGACGUGCUCGCUUGCUGUGGCGGGGGUGCGGGGAGGAGGCACAGCUGUGGAGCCCUGUAAGGCGCUGCGGACGACGACUUCUCCUGUACGUGUGCAGAGAAGCAGGAGCACCUCACAGGGCGCGCUGUGUGGGGAUGGGGCGUCGCUUCGGCCGUGGGAAUGUCCAGUGAGGUUGCACAGAGCAGAGCGUAGUGUAUGUUCAGAGGAUGUACAUAGGCUUUUGUAAGAGUGGAAAGAAGUCACCUAAUAAAGACAGACACCCUUUUCUACUAUAA